GACAGUGUAGAAGGGAUCCAGCCCCCUCUCGUCUUGUCUUGGGUCUCUGGCCUGCUGAAGUCACAUGAGUCCACAGCAGACUGCGAGGAUGGACGACUACAAGCAGUUUCUCAUCGUCUUCUCUCUGGCUCUGGCGCUCGGGAUUGUGUCGAUCGCCUUGGCGUUAACCUGGGUCCUACACUUCAGAGAGGGGCUUGGCUGGGACGGGGGGUCGGCGGAGUUUAACUGGCACCCGUUGUUAAUGCUGAUCGGCUUUGUUUUUCUUCAGGGACUCGCGAUUGUUGUGUAUCGGCUGCCAUGGACCUGGAGGUGCAGCAAGCAGAUGAUGAAGCUGAUCCACGCAGGGCUGAAUAUUAUGGCCUUCAUCUUGGCUGUCAUUUCUGUGGUGGCUGUGUUUGAUUUCCACAAUGCAAAGAACAUCCCCAACAUGUACAGCCUGCACAGCUGGAUUGGUCUGGCUGCUGUCAUACUCUACCCAGCACAGAUAGUUAUGGGCAUUACCGUCUAUCUGAUUCCUGUAACUCCGGUGUACGUGCGUGCUGCUCUUAUGCCUGUACACAUCUACAGUGGCCUGUUCAUCUUCAUCAGUGUUAUAGCCACAGCUCUCAUGGGCAUCACAGAGAAACUCAUAUUUAGCCUGAAGAGCCCUGCUUAUAAAGACUCUCCACCGGAAGCUGUUUUGGUAAAUGUUCUUGGGCUGCUCAUUGCUGCAUUUGGUGGUCUUGUUCUCUGGAUUGCUACUCGUCCCUCGUGGAAGAGGCCGAGAGAAGAGGUCACACAAGACCUGAGUGAUAACAGCACGAGCCCAGAGGACAUCAAAGUGUGCUCCGCCAUGACCUCCAGGACCGAGCAUGAAUCCAGCCUCGAGACACGCAGACGCAACGGAAAAGCAGAAGAGUCUGGAUAAUAAUUAAAAAAAGAGAGUUUUGAAACAAGUUUGUGGAUUUUAGCUCAUUUCAUCUCAAAGAAAACAGUGUCAUUCCAAACCGGUUAGGGUUUGUUUUUAUAUUUAUAUAUAUAUAUCUAUAUAUAUAUAUAUAUAAGUUAUUCAUAAAAAAAACACUAGGUAUUGCCUUAAAGGCAUAGUUCACCCAAAAAUUAAAAGUUUGUGCUUAAUACCUUUCUGGGCCAUGAAUGUGUCCGUUGUGUUGCUGUCUAUGGAGGGUCAGAAAGCGCUCAGAUUUCAUCAAAAAUAUCCUAUUUUUGUUCUGAAGAUGAUAGAAGGCUUUUACAGGUUUGGAACAACACAAACAUGAGUAAUUCAUGACAGAAUUUAAUUUUUUCGUGGACUAUCCCUUUAAUAUCAAUGCUGAAACUCCUACUGUCGUGUCUGAAGGGCAUUUUAAACUGACAGCUGUGUUUGCGCUGUAUUAUCUCUUUGCUGUCCGUAAGAACAUAUAGAUGCCUGUACUCCCAGCUCCCUGCUGCUUUUAAAGAUGUGUCUUUUUUUAUCAGUAUUUGCACUAUUAUAACAUUUAACACACUAGUGUAAAGCUCAGUUACAUUUAUACUGCAUUAUUACAGUCAUAAAGUGUUUGUAUCGCUCCUGAUUAGCCAGUUUGUUCAUUUUAAACAUGAGAUUGUAUUUGAAAUGUUUUCAGUUUUGUUACGAUAGAAAUCUGCUAUUGUUAGGGGCAUUUUUACAGUGUUUUGUAUAUCUGUUAGAACAUAUCAAAACAAGAUUUGAAUUGUAUUUUAUGGUACCAAAAUGACUUAUCCUUUGAUGGAUCAUUUUUGUAUGAAAUGCUUAAAAUCAUAAAAUAUUUUAACAUA